AUGCUUGGAGUCCCGACCAUCCAUGAGUCCCCGGAGGAGAGCUCGACUCAGAGCGAAACCUCGGGCUGGCGCAGAUGCUUUGCAGGUCUGCUCGGCUGCGGAUGCCUGGGCAAGCUCAAAGUGGGCAAGCUGCACAUGCAGCGCAAGGUCAGCGUACUCUUCCAGGAGGAGGCCAAGGCUGCACGUGCGUCAUUGUUUGCUCCAAAGCACGAGUUCAUCAAUGACCUGCUGGAGGCCCAGUGGCCCUACAUCUCGGAGUGGUUCAACGACAUCAUGCGCCGCUCCUGUGAGCCCGCGCUGCAAGCGCUGAUGCCCAAAGGUGUCAGUAUAUCCUUCGGAGAGCAGUGUACUUUGGGCACCAUGCCCGCAGUGCUGCAGCAGAUCAAGGCCAGCAAGUUCUGCGAGGAGGAGUCCACCACGAUCCGCUUGGACGCCCUUUUGGACUACAACGGGGACUGCCAGGUGGAUGUGACUUGCACCGUGGGCAGCCUGGUGCUGACGCGUUUGCAGUUGAGGGGCGACAUCGUCAUUGAGUUGGCAUACCUCCGCAAGGAUCCGCCCUGGUUCAGCGGCGUGCGCAUCUACUUCGCCAACCGCCCCAAGAUCGACCUGGAGGUGCAGACGGCGCUGUUCGGGGUGGAGGCGAAUUUCGCCUUCAUCAAGCAGAAAUUGGUGGAUGCGCUCACGAGCGUCAUCUCCAGCCAGGCUGUGCUGCCUAACCGCUUCUGCAUCGCCAUGGGAUCUUCCGCCAUGAGGGAAGUGGACCUGAAGACGCCCACGCCCCAGGGCGUCCUCAGACUGGAAGUGCUGGAUGCCAAAGACCUGCCAGAUCCGGCACGCUCGUACUGGUCCAACAUGGUCUUGCGCUUCGGCUUCAGCAAGGAGACCACGGAGGCGGAUCCCUACGUGCAGGCAACCGUCGGCGCACAGGUGGAAAAGACCAGUGUCAUAGCAAAAAGUCGUGCCCCAAAGUGGAGCGACUGCGCUUUCGACUUCGUGGUGGACGACCCGGUGCUGCAGAAUCUCCACUUGGCGGUCCAUGACGAUGACAUGGGCGCGUGGAGUUGGAAGCAGGCGGAGGUGCUGGGCGCCGUGGAGAAGAAGCUGUCGGCGCUUUUGGAGAGCCAAUUCUUUGAGGCCGCCUCUGAUCUGCCGGAGUGCUGGCUGAACUUGCACACGGGCCCAGGCAACCUGGUGCCCUGCGGCAGAUUGCGCGUGCGCGCCCAAUGGCGCCCGCUGAGCCGCGGCUGCAGGUGCGAGCCCGAAUCCAUGCAGAUCAACGUGCAGCCGGCCGCAGGUCUUUGGAGCAUCGGCAGCAAGUUCCGUCAUGAGUGGCUGCUGGUGGUAGACACCCUCAGCGCAUCUGCCUUGCCCGCGCACGGCAGCGGCCUGAAUCACUACGUAAAAAUCAGCAUACAGUUCGACGGCACAGACGUGGGCCCCACAUACGCAACAGGACUGUCCGUUGGAGCCGGGCCGAUUGAGCAUGGUCAGCAGAUGCUGACUGUGGGCAUCAAUCCAGAGAUCGGGAAGGUGUUGAAGGAGCAUCCGGACAAGAUCUACGAGCUGUGGCGUGCCCGCGUGAAGAUCUCUGAGAAAGCCGGAGAUAUCGAGCGUUUGCGCUCAGGCCUUGGAUUCAGCGGGCCGCCUCUCUUCGUGGAUGCCGUGUGGAAUCACACCUCGCGGAUCCUUGUGGACUCCCUGCCCUCGACCUCAGUGAAGCUGACCGUCCUGCGCCUGGAGAAAGGUCAGCGGCGUUUGGAGGAUGGCAGCGUGCUGGGGAGCGCUUCCAUGUCCUUGCCGGAGUUGCAGAAGCGUGGUGGACGCUUCGAAGACUUGCUGCCCUUGGGAGACAAGGAUGGCUUGGGCGCCAUGAGCGCCUUGCAGCUGCGACUGCGGCUGCACCCCCUGGCUGCGCCGCCUGAGUCCGGCACCAGCCACGCGCCUCAAGCUCGGCUGUCUCGAGCGAGAACGCAGUGGUUCGCCAAAAGCAUCGCGAAGGUGCGGGCGCUCAGCUUUAGAGCGCCAAGCCCCGAUAUGCCGUCAACGCCGACCUCCCCAUUUCUGUCAGGAUUCGCCACUCCUGAACCGCGACCUGAGCCCUCUGCGGCGUCCGCGGCGCCCGCGGCGCCCGCGGCGGCGCCCGCAGUCGCGCCGACGGCCCCGACUGGAGAGGCGCCCACCGGAGGUGCUGCCGACUUUCGGCAGCGGAAGUACUUCCACGCCUCCGAGGAGCCUUCGGAGCCUUUGGAGCCUGAGGAGCAGUACGAGGAAGAUUUGCACUAUUUGAGAUGUGCCCGCAGAUCAGCUCUCCAUCGAAAUUGCACGAAGAACAUGGAUGACCGCGAAGAUCCAGCACCGGUGAAGGCGGCCAAUGCCUCGGUGCAAACGGAGCUGGUGGAAGAGCCGCGCGUCCAAGUUCCAGACGACUCGGUGCUGGAUGAUCUGCAAGAAGAGCCCAAAAUCCUAGAGGUGAUGGAGGUGAGGGAGGCUCUCCGGGAGGUUCCGGAGCACGAGGGCAAGAAGCUCUUCUUGCCACGUUCCAGUGGCCAUACCAGACCGAGCAUGUCCGGCGAGUAA